AUGUUUCACAAAAGCAGCCCCCGCCGUCUGUUGUCUGUUCUUGCUUUUGGUCUUCACUUUACUGCUCCUUUGGAUAGUCCUAAGCUCCUUUGCUUCGGCUGUAUUUUCGGGGUUGAUAGUGAUAAGUUAUUUGUCAAAGGCUUUUGUUCGUUUGUGUCAGGGGAAUGCAGAUCACACUUAAUUAAGCAAGAUCAUUGGAAGAGUCAGUCAGCAUUUUAACUGGAGUUGUAGGAGUGCAUAGUUACAAUGACUGAGGAGAAAAAGAAACCUAACUAUCUGAAGGCGGCUGUUCGUCAGAUAGGUGCUGGAGGAUCUGCAGGGUUUGUUGAAGUAUGUAUCAUGCAUCCUCUUGACUUGAUAAAAACACGUCUGCAAGUGCAACGUCUUCCUCCCGGCAAGGUUGUCUCUAGGACCGAAAUGAAUUUGUAUUCUGGUAUUGGCGAUUGUUUUCGGAAAAUGUAUCAGUCUGAGGGCUUUUUUUCAUUUUGGAAGGGUGUCUUCCCUCCUAUUUUGGCUGAGACUCCAAAGAGAGCAGUGAAGUUUUUUACAUUUGAACAAUACCAGCAGUUCUUCCGUUUUGGAUCACCAGUUUCUACACCAGUUACAUUUUGUUUGGCUGGCUUAUUUGCUGGUAUUACUGAAGCUAUCCUUGUAAAUCCAUUUGAAGUGGUGAAAGUAACUCUUCAGGUAAAUCGAUCUCAAACUACACAGUCUCCAUCAACAUGGAGUGUCACAAGGGAAAUUGUUCGUACACAAGGUUUGGGGCUUAAUGGCUUGAUGAAGGGCUUAACAGCAACCAUAGCUCGUAAUGGUGCUUUUAAUAUGGUUUACUUUGGAUUUUACCACAGUGUCAAAGGACUAAUUCCUCAAGCCAAGGGUUCCUGGCAAGAAUUUUUCAAGAACUGCGGUGUGGGAUUUGUGUCUGGUACCUUAGCCUCUUGUGUGAAUAUUCCAUUUGAUGUUGCCAAAAGUCGAAUCCAAGGUCCUCAACCUACACCAGGAGUUAUUACCUAUAAGGGUACUCUUCGCACCAUGGGUAUGGUGUACAGUCAGGAAGGAUUCCGUGCCUUGUACAAAGGUCUGUUGCCAAAGGUAAUGAGAUUAGGUCCAGGUGGUGCUAUAAUGCUCAUUGUAUAUGAGCAUGCACAUGCUUACCUUACAGAGGUUUUCCCCGACUGAAUCAAGAAGUUUUUCUGGUUUUAGGAAUAGGUACCCACCCAAUUUUCUGCCCAUACUCUUCCCUCUUCCUAAGUAGUUGGCUUGAUACUAAUGACAUUUACAACUUUAUAGAGCACUGACAAUCAAAUCAUGUUGCAUUCAUUUACCAGUCAAAUUUUGCAAAGCCUUAGUCAUUUUUUUAAGUUAUAGUUAUUUUAAAACCUGUUAUGUAGUAUGAUAAUCAUCUUCUCAGUCAUUACUAUGUAUUGUAUAGUAUGUUUAGCAUUACCCCUAGGGCUGUGGAUGAAAAAAGCUAUUCCAUUUACUGACGGGAGUAUUAUUAACAUUUCUUUCUCUGGUUUUCCAUGUGAUACAACCUUUAUUGUUAUGAUUUCGUUUGACUUAAUUUGCAGAAACAAAACAAAUCAAUCUAUUGGUUGGCAUAUGAUGUAUUCUUGACUGAUCAGAAUACUGGAUGAGCUGUUGUUCACAUCUAUUGCAUGAUUGGUUUUAUGGUAUUCAUUUCAGGGCCCAAAACGAAAAUAUAGUCUGAACAAUUAUUAUUAUUGCUUUUAUAAUUGCUAUUAUGAGUUUAUUAAUUAUUUUUAAAUAUGCUGUAUUGUAAUGUAUUUUGUAUGUACUGUGCGCAUUUACUUUAAAUGAUGUAGGUAUGUACUUAUUUUCUACCAUGAAAAACUGUUGUUUUCAUUAAUGAGAAUGUGUUUACAGUCUUCCACAAAGCAUGCUAAGAAGAAAUGUCUAGGUCUUAAAACAACAUAAUUAAUAGUUAUUUUUUGACUGCAUUGUAUAGCUGAACCAUUAGCACACAUUUGCUUAUGAGAUAUACAAUUUUCCAAUUCAUGACUUUGUGCCACAUUUCAAGAGUGCCAGUUUCUUUUUUAUGACAAAAGUGUUAAAGUAUGUAUUUUUGUGCAUCUAUGCUAAUGUUGACUGCAAAAUAAAAUAAAUGACUGCUAUUGCUUUCA